CGGCGGCCGCGCCGAACGCCAGUCAGUCGCCGAGUGUCAGUCGAAGUGCCCGUAUCGUUUGCACUCCGAAGCCGGUAUCGCGAGUACGCGAAUACGCGAUCAUAAACAAAGUUCGACAAUAAAAAUAAAUAAAACACGAACCCGUGCUAAAGUCGCAGUCGAUUACCAGUCGGAUAAACUGUCCAAAAUAACAGUGAAACGCUGAAAAUUCUACGAGUGCAGGAUAUAGGUCAGUGUGGACGAUGCUGACGAGGUGGUUGACGUUGGCGCUCGUAGCGGCGACGUGGCGAGCUGCCGACGCAUGCAGCUGCAUGCCGCAGCAUCCUCAGACACACUUUUGUAAAAGCGACUUCGUGAUCGUGGGGCGAGUACAAAAAUUGUUCAGAGGAAAUGACACUUACGACGCGUACAAAGUGAAAAUUCGAAACAUCUACAAAACGACACCGAAGGCGGUGGUAGCACUUAAAUCAGGACGAUUGCUGACUGCGUCACAAGAAGCCCUUUGCGGCGUUAGCCUACAGCCCAGAGAGACCUAUGUCAUAACAGGUAAUGUUGUGCACCUUCAAGCGCACAUAGACUUCUGUGGGUACGUCAACAAGUGGCGGGAUGUGACGCCGCGACAGCGAAAAGGCUUCAGGCUACUCUACAAACAGGGUUGCACUUGCAAGGUGCACGUGACGGGGCGCCGCACAAAGUCCCCUAAUACCUGCGUCACAAACUACGACGACUGUUUUGAGAGGCACGGCAUCUGCCUGCACGAUCGCGACCGACGAUGCCGUUGGACGAGGGCGCCCGCUCUCACGAGGUGUUUGCAGAAGCCGCACUUCAAUAGCACGAUGACUUGAAUCGCCGCAUCGAAUGUAAACAUUAAUCGUAACAAACAUUUUGUAUAUCUCGACAAGCCUUUGGAAAUUCCCAUGUUACCUUACGUUUUUUAUACUAAUAAUUCACCGAUAUACGAUACAAACAUGAGUUACUAAGCCAAAACGAUCAUUCUAACACGCCUACUAGGUUAAUUUAUAUUUAAUGUUAGUACCCCGUCUCAAAUGUUUUAAAGGGCGGUAUCACACGGCCGUAUCGUCUUGGGGAACCCUAACAAUUUAUUCAUCUUCAUGAAGGUUUACGAAACGCAGGCAGCAUGCAUUAUAUGGCUAUGAAUCAGUAAUUGAGUGUAUGUCGACUCUAAAUAGGAAUUUACAACAAAAAAAGUAUUUGGUAUGAUUCAAAGAUGACGAAUUUACUCACAAAUUCUAUUAUUUGUUAUCCUUUGGACUUUAUGUUGAUUGUGUUAGCGUUGAAGUGAAAUUCUAACGUUAUUUGUAUUAUUUAUUUUAAGUUAUAUUAUUAUUUAUGUUUAAGUUAAAUUUGUAAAUUAACAAAAAAGUUAGGUUAAUGAUUACAUAAAAUAAAGACUUAAGAAAA